GCGGCCGGGGCAAAAAGGCUGGGAGCGGGCCGCCGGGGGCGGCGGGAGAGCGGGUGCGGACACCCCCUCUGAUCGCUGGCAGGCGCGGGCUCCGAGGCACCAUGAGCGGCCGGGUCGGGGACCUGAGCCCGCGGCAGGAGGAGGCUCUGGCCAAGUUCCGGGAGAACCUCCAGGAUGUGCUGCCCCUGGUACCCACGCCAGACGACUACUUCCUGCUGCGAUGGCUCCGAGCUCGAAGCUUCGACCUGCAGAAGUCGGAGGCCAUGCUGAGAAAGCAUGUGGAGUUCCGGAAACAAAAGGAUCUUGAGAAUAUUAUGAGUUGGCAUCCCCCGGAGGUGGUCCAGCAGUACCUGUCCGGGGGGCUGUGCGGCUUCGACCUCAACGGCUGUCCCGUCUGGUAUGACGUCAUCGGGCCCCUGGACGUCCGGGGCCUGCUGCUGUCGGCCUCCAAGCAGGACCUGCUCAGGACCAAGAUGAGAGACUGCGAGAUGCUCCGGCUGGUGUGUGCCCAGCAGUCGGAAAAGAUGGGGAAGAAAAUCGAAACCAUAACCAUGGUGUACGACUGUGAGGGGCUGGGCCUUAAGCAUCUCUGGAAGCCUGCUGUGGAACUCUAUGGAGAGUUCCUCUGCAUGUUUGAGGAGAAUUACCCAGAGACCCUUGGACGCCUCUUUGUUGUGAAAGCUCCCAAGCUAUUCCCUGUGGCCUACAACCUUAUCAAACCCUUCCUGAGUGAAGACACGAGGAAGAAAAUCAUGGUUCUGGGAUCUAAUUGGAAGGAGAUUUUACUGAAGCACAUCAGCCCAGACCAACUGCCUGUGGAUUACGGAGGCACCAUGACGGAUCCUGACGGAGACCCCAAGUGCAAGUCCAAGAUCAACUACGGGGGCGAAAUCCCCAAGAAGUAUUACAUCCGGGACCAGGUAAAGCAGCAGUAUGAGCACACGGUCCAGAUCAGCAGGGGCUCCUCCCAUCAGGUGGAGUACGAGAUCCUCUUCCCGGGGUGUGUCCUCAGGUGGCAGUUCAUGUCGGAUGGGGCAGACGUGGGCUUUGGGGUGUUCCUGAAGACAAAGACUGGUGAGCGUCAGAAAGCAGGCGAGAUGACCGAAGUCCUCCCCAGCCAGAGGUACAAUGCGCACCUGGUCCCUGAAGACGGGACACUCACCUGCGGAGAGCCUGGCAUCUACGUCCUGAGGUUUGACAACACCUACAGCUUCAUCCAUGCGAAGAAGGUCAGCUUCACGGUGGAGGUGCUGCUCCCGGACAAGGCCUCGGAGGAGCGGCUGCAGCAGCUGGGAGAGAAGGGGCUGGCGCCUUCCCAGCACUGAGGGCCCCGGCCGUCCCGCCUCGGCCCCCGCCGCCCCCCGGCUCCCCCCUGCCUCUCGCGGCUGCCCUCAGCCCAGCCUGAAGACGGGGUGAGAGGGGGUAGCUUGGGGGGCACAGAGGGGCCGGGCGGCUCAGGGCAAGUCCCUUCCCUGCCCUCCCUCUCUGCCCCCUCAGGCCUAACUCGGGGUCCCCAGGGAUGGCACUGGGGGCUCCCUCCCUCCCUCGGUUUGUGCCAACCUCGGUUUCUGUCCCGAGCCGGCCCCCCAGACUGGGCAAAACCACCGAGCCCGGUGGGAGGGGGGCGCCAUUGGUCACCAGGACUCCGGGCCUGGACCCUGAGAAGCACAUUCGCUCCCAAAGGGAGGGCAGAGGGGGCUGUGUCCCCCCUUUAGGUCUCCGGGCCCUGGCUCGUCCCUCCUGAAGGAGAUGCAGGGCCUCCUGGGCCGGCUUGGCUUAAUCUCUAAUGAAAACUGAUCAUUAAUCCCGAGAGCUCCCGACCCGAGGCCCUGCCCCCCCCCCAGCACUGCCAGCCCCUGUCUGUGGCCGGAGACCGCGGCCCGGCCCUCGGGGGGCUUCUAGCCUAGUAGCUGCACUAAGAUAAACUCCCCGGCUCUACCAGCCCCAGAUGGCGCCCCGAGGCCCGGCCUGUCCAAGCCCCUCAGGCCCCCUUCCUUCUAAGGAGCAGGAAAGGGCCCCGGUGGGGGACUGGCCUCCGCGUCCUGCUCGGGGGUCUUCCCACCCCCCUUGGCGAAGGGGCGCAGUGGCUGGUGGGAGCGGGCUGGGAAAGCCUUGGAUGCGCAGCUGCCGCAGCCCGGGGCACCCGGCCAAGGCCCCUGGGAAUGAAGGACCGUUCCCCCAUUCCCGUAGGGGGGCGGGGCCGGAGCGCCGCCCAGCGGCCGAGGGCCUAUUUCUGGGGGCUGGGAGGGAGGGUCAGGGCUUCCCCUUCACCCUCGGAGGCUUUGGCCCCAGUGGGCAGAACCGGUGGGUAGCGGGUAGGACUGGUAGCGCGCAGACUUCUUGCAUUGAUUUAAGGGAAACGAGCGACUUUUCUAACAAUACGAGCUGUGCGGGACGGGAAGGUGGGGAUGUAGGUAGUGAGCUCCCCGUCCCUGGAACUAUCCCAGGGGAGGCGGGACACCCGCUUGGCCAGGGAUGCUGCAGAGGGGGCUCUUGCUCAGGGACGGGGAUAGACGCUUUCAGAGCCGGCUCCCCCGGAGUCGGGGGCCCUGGGUGGGUGUUUCGGUUUACAAAGAUUCUGUUAGGAAAAUUAACCAAUAAAUAAAUCUAUGUGA